AUGCUGGUGCACAGCUACCCGGGCAUGGACCGCGCCGAGGGGCUGCCCGGGGCGCCGGCCGGGGCCCGCCUGCCGCAGCUGCCCGCACUCAACCAGGCGCCCUACGGCUCGGCCCCGCCGCUUUGCCACACGCCCGCCGCCGACUUCCAGCCGCCCUACUUCCCCCCGCCGUACCCGCAGCCGCCGCUGCCCUACCCGCAGGGCCAGGAGCCCGGUUACCCGCACCUGGCGGACCCCUACGCGGCACUCAGCCCCCUGCACCAGCACCAGCAGCCCGCCUGGCCCCCGCAGCGCGGCCGGCAGGAGGACGCGGGGCUGCUCUCCCAAACCCACCGUGCCCUGGGGCUCGACCCCCGCCGCGAGUACCCUGCCGUGCCCCGCCUGCUCCACGGGCUGCCCGACGGCGGACACGGCCUCGCUGACGGACCGCUUGGCCUCCACGGCCUCGGCCACCACGGCAUCGAGGACAUCCAGGCCGUGGACGACAGCGGGAUGAACCUCCUCGACCAGUCCGUGAUCAAGAAAGUGCCCAUCCCUUCGAAGGCCAAUGGCACCACCAUUCCCACCCUGUCAAUGAACAAAGAUGCACUGAUUGGAGGGGUGACAAAUCCCAACGAGGUCUUCUGCUCCGUGCCUGGGCGCCUCUCUCUGCUCAGCUCCACCUCCAAGUACAAAGUGACGGUCGGGGAGGUGCAGAGAAGGCUCUCACCCCCUGAGUGUCUCAACGCCUCUCUCCUUGGAGGAGUCCUCCGCAGAGCAAAAUCAAAAAACGGGGGUCGGUGUUUAAGGGAAAGGUUAGAGAAAAUUGGACUGAAUCUGCCUGCAGGAAGACGCAAAGCUGCCAACGUCACCCUGCUAACAUCCCUGGUGGAAGGUGAAGCUGUUCACCUGGCUCGGGAUUUUGGCUACGUCUGUGAAACGGAGUUCCCAGCCAAGGCAGCAGCAGAGUACCUGUGCCGACAGCAUUCCGACCCCGCCGAGCUCCACACCAGGAAAAACAUGCUGCUGGCUACCAAGCAAAUCUGUAAAGAGUUCGCAGACUUGAUAGCCCAGGAUCGCUCUCCGCUGGGGAACACCCGUCCCUCCCUCAUCUUAGAGCCCGGUGUCCAGAGCUGUUUGACUCAUUUCAGCCUCAUCACCCACGGCUUUGGGGGCCCAGCCAUCUGCGCGGCGCUCACAGCCUUCCAGAACUACCUGGUGGAGUCCCUGAAGGGGCUGGAUAAAAUGUUCAUCAACAGCACGGGGAACGGGCACACGGCCGGGGACUCCAAAGCCUCAGAAAAAGAAGCGAAGCAUCGGAAAUAA